AUGGGCGAAUUAGUUGGAACCACUGUUAUUAAAAUUAUGGAUCUAUCUACGGGUCAAACUAUUUACCCUCAACCACAAAAUCAUAACGGUCAGCCACAAAGACCCCAAAAUUUUGGUACAGGACUAAAUGCCCAAAACGCUGAGAAUUCAUUCACCGGCACUAUAUUAAACAUUCAACAAUAUAAUGAUCUCGUUGGAGGCACAGUUCCAUUUGCUAGAACACAAAGAACGCACGGUGGACAAAUUUCACCACAAAGUGACCAAUUUCCGUUAGGCAUUUGGGCUAAUUUUGAUU